GGCUCCCGCACCGCACGCACCCCAUCACCACCCCAUCAGUCGCUCACCCUCCAAAACCCCCCCAAUCUUCUCCUUUUUGCCGCGAAAUACCCACCUGGGCGCGCGCCAUCCUCUCCACUGCCCCCUAAAACACUAACCCUUUUCCCGCCCCACCCCGCCCGCGCGUACCUACGCAUUUCGUCGAACACAUCGCCUGCGUCCCCCAUCGCCACCACCUCGCCCGAUCCAGCCCGGCGAUCUGCGGCGGGAUGGAGGGCGACGACUUCUUGCCGGAGGGCGGCAAGCUCCCCGAGCUCAAGCUAGAUGCGAGGCAAGCGCAGGGCUUCAUCUCUUUCUUCAAGAAACUGCCGCAGGAUUCGAGGGCUAUUCGUCUCUUCGAUCGGCGGGAUUAUUACACUGCUCAUGGAGAGAAUGCCACAUUCAUUGCAAAAAUAUACUAUCACACAAUGUCUGCCUUACGCCAAUUAGGUAGCAACUCUGAUGGACUCUCAAGUGUCAGUGUGAGCAAGACUAUGUUUGAGACCAUCGCCCGCAACCUUUUGUUAGAGAGGACAGACCGUACAUUGGAACUCUAUGAGGGAAGUGGGUCUAGUUGGAGGUUAACAAAAUCUGGAACACCUGGAAAUAUUGGCAGUUUUGAAGAUAUUCUGUUUGCAAACAAUGACAUGCAAGAUUCUCCGGUAACUGUUGCAUUGUUUCCUGUGUUCCAGGAAGGACAACUAUAUGUAGGUCUUAGUUUUGUUGAUUUGACAAACAGGAAGCUUGGGUUGUCUGAGUUUCCCGAAGAUAGUCGAUUCACAAAUGUAGAGUCAGCCCUUGUUGCAUUAGGUUGCAAGGAGUGUCUUCUCCCAGCAGAUUGUGAGAAAUCUAUAGAUUUGAAGCCUCUUCAGGAUGCUAUCACUAACUGCAAUGUUCUAUUAACUGAAAGAAAGAAGGUUGAAUUUAAAUCCAGAGAUCUUGUGCAGGAUCUUGGUAGAAUAAUCAGAGGUCCUGUUGAGCCAGUUCGUGAUCUUGUAUCUCAGUUUGACUAUGCAUUGGGUGCCCUUGGAGCUCUAGUUUCAUAUGCUGAGUUGCUAGCAGAUGAUACAAACUACGGAAAUUACACAAUUGAGAAAUACAGUUUGGACCGCUACAUGCGUCUUGAUUCUGCUGCUGUGCGAGCAUUGAAUAUUGCCGAAGCUAAAACUGAUGUAAACAAGAACUUCAGUUUGUUUGGUUUGAUGAACAGAACCUGUACAGUAGGUAUGGGAAAGAGACUGCUUAACAGAUGGCUGAAACAACCUCUGCUAGAUGUAAAUGAAAUCAAUAACAGAUUAGAUAUGGUUCAGGCUUUCGUAGAAGAUCCAGAGCUUCGUCAGGGACUUAGGUACCAACUCAAAAGAAUGUCGGACAUUGACCGUCUGACACAUGCUCUGCGGAAGAGAACAGCCAAUCUGCAGCCUGUUGUCAAGCUCUACCAGUCCUGCAUUAGAGUCUCAUACAUCAAGAAUGUUCUUCAACAAUAUGAUGGCAGUUUUUCUGCGCUGAUAAGGACAAAGUUUCUUAAUUCUUUAGAUGAGUGGCUGACAGAGGAUAGGUUUGGUAGGUUUGCUUCUCUUGUUGAGACAGCUAUUGACCUUGAUCAACUUGAGAAUGGUGAGUAUAGGAUAUCUCCCCGAUAUUCUUCUGAUUUGGCUGUGCUGAAGGAUGAGCUUUCUGAAGUUGAAAAUCACAUCAACAAUUUGCACAAGCAUACAGCUGCUGAUCUGGAUCUUACUAUUGAUAAGCAAUUGAAGCUAGAAAAAGGGCAGCUUGGCCAUGUGUUCAGAAUCUCAAAGAAAGAUGAACAGAAGGUUAGGAAGAAACUCACUAGCAAUUACAUAAUCAUAGAAACUCGUAAGGAUGGUGUGAAGUUCACAAGCUCCAAGCUUAAAAAGUUAGGCGACCAAUACCAGGCACUGCUUGGUGAGUACACAAGUUGUCAGAAAAAGGUUGUUGAUGAUGUAGUAAGAGUUUCAGCCUCCUUCUCAGAGGUAUUUGAAAACUUUGCUGCGAUACUAUCUGAGUUGGAUGUUUUACAAAGUUUUGCUGAUUUAGCAACAAGUUCCCCAAUUCCUUAUGUAAGACCAGAAAUCACAGCAUCGGAGGAAGGAGAUAUCAUUUUAGAAGGUAGCAGACAUCCUUGUCUGGAGGCCCAAGAUGGUGUUAACUUUAUACCAAAUGAUUGCACUUUGGUGAGAGAAAAAAGUUGGUUUCAGAUCAUCACUGGGCCAAACAUGGGUGGAAAGUCCACUUUUAUACGACAGGUUGGUGUGAAUGUCCUGAUGGCACAAGUUGGAUCGUUCGUUCCAUGUGAUCGGGCGAGCAUUAGUGUGAGAGAUUGUAUUUUUGCUCGUGUUGGUGCUGGUGAUUGCCAGCUACGUGGUGUUUCAACCUUUAUGCAAGAAAUGCUUGAAACAGCAUCCAUCUUGAAAGGUGCAUCGGACAAGUCUCUUAUUAUUAUUGAUGAGUUGGGGCGUGGAACUUCCACAUAUGAUGGAUUUGGUCUUGCAUGGGCUAUCUGUGAGCAUCUUGUGGAAGUGACUAGAGCACCUACGUUGUUUGCCACGCAUUUUCAUGAAUUAACUGCAUUAGGACACAAAAGUGGUGAUGAGCACCAACACGUUCCAAAUUUGGGAAUUGCAAAUUACCAUGUGGGUGCACAUAUAGACCCAUCAAGUCGGAAGUUAACUAUGCUUUAUAAGGUUGAACCCGGUGCAUGUGACCAAAGCUUUGGUAUCCACGUUGCAGAAUUCGCUAAUUUUCCAGAAGCUGUUGUUGCUCUUGCAAAAAGCAAAGCAGAAGAAUUAGAAGAUUUUUCAACUGCGCCCAAUUUUUCCGAUGAUUCAAAAGAUGAGGUUGGAUCAAAACGCAAGAGGGUAUUUAGCCCAGACGAUGUGACUAGAGGAGCUGCUCGCGCUCGCCUUUUGUUGGAGGAAUUGGCCUCAUUGCCUCUAGACGAGAUGGAUGGCACCAAGGCCGCAGAAACCGUCACCAAACUGAAAUCCGACUUCGAGAAAGAUGCAGCUGAUAAUCCUUGGCUUCAGCAGUUCCUUUGAAGGAAAUCAUUCACUGCUUGAAUGGAGAUUUUGUUUUGCAAGUUAGAAUCACUGAAAGUAAGGCUGAUGCAAGGAUCAUCUGAUCCUCUUUUUGUCCAUAUCCAUCAGCAGAUUACCAUAUAUGUAAAUUAUCUAGGCUUAGCAUCAGAUCUAUGCUAUGGAAAAUGAUCUGCCAACUGCCAAGUGCUUCAGCUAGCACACUGCGAGUAAACAUAGCCACUGUAUCUGUACGUAUUAUCUUGAGGUAAAGCAAUUGAUGAGCUUGUCUUGCACCAAUGAUUCACUUGAUCCUUCACAGGAUACAAGGAAAAAAAAGUUGGCAAGACUAGCCCAAAAGCAUCCAA